ACAUCGUUAUGCUAUGAAGUUGGCGCAAACGUUUUGACAUUUAAGUAUUCACCUAUAAUUAUAGCAUCUUUUUGAUGACAACAUUUUAUAAUACAUAUAUAUUUUUACUUCGAAAUUUUGUUUCAACUUGAGAAAAAUCGGCGAAUUCCAAUUUAAAUGUUCGUUCAAAUUAUUCCGCAGUGCAUUAAAUUAUUUUGUCAUACAUUGAGAUGGAUAAACACUGAGUUAGAAUUGGUAAAACAGCCCAAGUACGCGGAAAAUGCAGUCAGCUGUUCUGAAGUAGUUCGUGAAAAAGGAGAAGUGAACUGUCUUUUGUUUAUUUACUCGUAUGACAUUUCGAUUUGUAAUUUAUGAUGGAAACGUCAAUUCGUUAUUGGGAAGAAGAAAAUUCGAAAAUGUAAAAUAAAAAAUUAUUGCAAAUGAUCAAAUAAAUUGAUAUUCGAAAACGGAAGUUAAAAAAUAUUUUGUGAGCAAAACUCAAAUGUGGACAAGGGUUUUCUGUGAACAAUGAUUUCGUAAUAUAGAAAAUAGUUUGAGUGUCUCCGUUCAAACAAAGAUUUUGAGUAUUGUGAAAUGAUUUUGCCUAGUGUUUUUGUGCAAAUACCAACGCAAAAUGCAGAUUUGGUACCGUCCAAAUCGAAUGCUAGCCAAUCGGCGAAGGAAAUCAAGGCCGAACCUCCAUUCAAGUCUGAAGUUGAUAAUGCAAAUCAAUCACAAGCAUUUGGAACUGCUCGACUGAAUAAAGAUCUACCAUCAACACCGGAACCAUCAUCGAAAAACCAGACAUUUUCACCAACUCCAACAUGCUCACAAUCGAAUCUGACUGCCAAUUUGGUAACGGCUCGGCCCAAAGUGAAAUGCUUCAAAUGCGAACAGUGCCCGUUCAUGAGCAUUAGCCAGGAUGGAUACAAUAAUCAUAUUCAAACGGUGCACAAUAACGAUCGAAACAGUGAAAGUAUUUCCAAUCGAUCAUUUCGCAACAAGAUUCUUUGUCCCGGCUGUGAAAAUGUUUUCUACAGUAAGAUGUCGUUAAAAAUUCAUCUGGUCAAUGACCAUCAAAUGAGUCGGCCAGAAAUCAGUCAAUUAAUGGAAAGUUUAUUUUUGAAGAAGAGUGCAAGCAAAUCCAUUAGUUCCAACGAAAAGACUGAUUCGGUCAAUAUUCCGAAAACAAAAGGUGCUGAGAAGCAGAAAAUUUACUUAAAAAAUGUGGAAGUGCUUCAGAAUCCACGGUUUAACGGAUGCCAAUUUGGUGGGCAAAAUACAUCAUCGCCCACUAUCUUAUCGCCAUCGGAAACCCAGAGUGAAUGCUCAUCGAAUUUAACCGAUGAAAUCGCCAAAAACGACGCAUCAAUUGUUGAUGAGCUCAAUUUUAAUCGGAUGCCAGUUCGUAAUCAGCUAGACAAUAAUUGCCUGUAUCAGCACAUUACAGACAUUGAAUCAACAUUUCCAAUGGUGUCAUCGACUCAAUCGCACGAGUGCUUGAAUAUGACCGACAACCGUGAACGAAUGCCAAUGAAUGCUAUUUCGCCGAUAAUUGAAAUUGCAUCAAUCGAUGAUCCACAAGCAAAUCGACCGGAUUCGGGUAGUUCGGUCAAAUUUAGCGAAAAUUUUCUUAAUACGGAAUGUAUUUGGCCUGUCAGCACCACGGUCAGCACCAGCAGUACGGAUUUUCUAUAUCAACAUUCACAUCACACAAAUCUUGACCAACAGCCAAGCAUAAAAAUUUCAUCGAAUUUAAAUCAAACACCAUCAGUAUCGCCGCUACCAUCGGUGCCAUUGAAUGAACGAAAGAAAAUUUACAUAAAAAAUAUCGAUAUUUUAAAAGAGCCGCUAAUCAAAUCAACACAAGAUGUAAGCCUAACGGACUCAAACUGUCGCAAAAACACACUGCAUUUGCGCACUGUCGACGAAGUAAAUCUGCUGAUCAACAAGCCACACGAGAACAAUAGUUUCAAUCCAUCGGAUGGUGUAACGCUCAACGAAGAUGAGUAUCGGUAUGUAUUGAACGAUGCGAACGAGUAUAACAAUAUCAUACCGCAAUAUCUUGAGAAUGACGUCAGUGAUUUCAUGUUCUCGAAUGAGCCUCAAGUAGCAUCUAACCCAGUGGAGUACUAUAAUGGUGGCAGCAACUCGAACUAUGCCAACACAAACCUCGAUGCCAGCUCGCAAAGUUAUGCAACUGCCAGUAGUACAUACACAUUCGAUUCGAUCACAUACGAAAGUCAGGAUCGACCACUUUGCAAUGGGAUUUUGAGCAAUAUUCCAAAUUCUGCGGAUUUGUAUCCCACCAUGAAUCAUAGCACCAUCAAUUUGAAUGGGCCAACUCCAUCGGAGGAUUUUUUGGAUCAUGAUGAUGGCAAUCAUUUCUUCGCCAAUAAAUGCAUGCCAAUGAAAGCAUUUGAUAGCACCGAUUACAUGAUUGUGUCAUCUGAGGCAAUAAUCGAUAUUUUGGACCUUACCAACGAUGAAGUCGAGCAAAUUCUUGACGAUAACUUGAUCUCGCCGCAGGACUUUGAGAUGCUCAAUUCACCAAGAUUAUCGCAAUCAUCGCAACCAUAUAACCGUAUUCCACGGAUAAAUUUGGCCACCAAUUUAACCAAAGUUACUCCACCUCAAACGCAGGCCCAAUAUGAGGGGAAAAGCAUCGAUAUGCGACCACUAGAAACGCCGACUAUAGAUUUGGUUUCGACAACGACAACAACAACAACAAUGACGACGACAGUGACAGUGACAGCUACAGCAACAGCCACCGAAAUGGAUGCUGAAACAAAUGAUAUAGCCAAAUUGCUUACAAUGCCAGUAUCAGUCAACAAGAAAAAGAGUGGGCGCACGAAAGGAGCUCGCCAAAUAAAUGGAAUCAGUAAUCGAAAUAAUGUCAUCACAACUAAAUGUAGUAUCAGUAAUUGUGGUAUGCGUUUCGCAACACAAGCAGCAAUUGUACUCCAUGAACAAUGUCACUCAUCAGAUAGCAAGGAGAUUCGAUGUCCGAAAUGUCAAAUUGAUACGGCAGCAACAGCAAUGGCAACGGCACUGGCAACAAUUGAAUCAACGACGACCGUCUCAAGUUCAGGGAACGACUGCGAACCGUCGACAACGACGUCGUCGAAUACAACAGCCUCAUCCAAAACCACACACAAUCGAAAUUGGAAUUGGAAUACUUUGCAUACGCACUUAUGGCGGGAGCACAACAUUGAUAUGGAACUGUUUCAGUGUCCGCACUGUCCAUUCAAAACGCCAAUUCUAUCGCGAUUGAAAAAUACCCACAUGAAAAUCCAUUCGGAUACUAGAGAUUUUAAGUGCGAUUAUUGCCCAAAAGCCUUCAAAAAUGCACGUCAAAUGAAAAACCAUCGACGCAUUCACACACGCUCAGUCCCACCAGCCAUUAGUACAUGUAAAUACUGUGGACAAUCGUUCUAUAGUGCCAAACAUCUAAAAGAGCAUUAUUUCACGCACAACGAAGCGAUCGAGCAUCAACGUCAACCGUUUGCUCUUCAAUGUGACGUUUGCUCGGAUACAUUUAGCAGUAAACAUGCACUGCGAACACAUCACCUGAACCAUUUCGAGGAUAAGCGAUUUAAUUGCGAUGAAUGUGACUAUAAAUCCAACGAUCACAACGCAUUUCGGCGUCAUCAAAUGGUGCAUAGCAAAGAAGUCAAGUAUAAAUGCUCGUGUUGCGCAUUUCAAUGCAUUCAAAGCACCAACUAUAAAAAUCACAUUCUCAAAAAUCAUCCGGAAUCGGCAAAAGAGCUCAUGUACAUGUGUGAUAAAUGUAAUUUUGUAACAGUCAAUAAGCGAAUGUACGAUAUGCAUUGUUUGAACCACAACAAUAAUCAAAUGUCAUCUGUUGAAUCGAAUUAACCGACAACGCUUCGCUCCCUUCAUUCGCGUACAGUUUACAAUCCAUUGAGCUUGCACACAAAGACUCUCGCUUAAAUUGCUCUCACUCUCCUGCGCCAACGACAACAGCAACGAUAUUAUACAAGCGACGACCUACAGAAACUUAUAUAUGUACGAGCGUGGAGUAGUUAAUGGAGAGGGCGAACAGUGACAACAAGUGGGCUGUAUAUCAGCUCCAUUUUUUCAUGUUGCUUCCACAAUUCACACACACGCAUAUAUACAUAUACCCAUACUCAUGUACAUCGUACAUACACACAUACACACUCUCUCUCCUUUCUCCUCCAUAAUACUGCUUACCCGCAUACAACCAACCAGCCAUCUUUUAUCUACCUGUACUCCAACACACACAUAUCUUUCGGAAACGAAGUGAAAAAAGAACAAUUUUGAAUUCCAUCCAAAUAAAUAUUCACUUGGCGAGUGAAAAGUAUUAAAUAUACCAGUUCAAAAAACUGCAUAAAUCACAAAGUAAUGAUGAAAGAAAAUUGUUUUCGUACGUGUGAAACAGUCGAAAUAGGAAAAAAAAGAAGAAGAAAAGCUAACCAUAGAGCCAACGAGCAGCGAAAGUUUCAUAUUUCAGAAGGCAGUCUGUACGUCACUAAUACAUUCGCAACGCCAUGACACUGAGCUGGAGCUCAUACAACUAAAAGGAGCGCGAACACAUUUUCAAGAAAAACAUUCAACAAGGCUUCUACUGUUGCUCUCAUAAUGGUUUGCCAUGUUGAUGGCUACGCUGCUACUGCUGCUGCUGUUACUGUACAAUAUAAACAGUAUGAGUAUAUAUAUGACAGUGGGAAAGUGUACAAAAUGCCUGAACAACAGUGUAAUACAAAUGUAUGAUGUGAAAUCGAAGAAUGCAAAAAUUCAGUGGAAAAUUAUUUCUAGCACGCGAAAGUGCCUACGGUUUGGCACACAUACACACACACUAAUAAUGGAAAGUCAAAUUUAAGAAAUAAAUAUUGAUCAGAUGAAUUCUAAUUUAUCCAACGGCGUACAGUAUUUGUACUUCGUUUGCGCGCUCGCUCUUCCAUUUUUCGCGCACAUCGGAAUGUUUCCAAAUGUAAAGCUAAUAUUUCAUCCAAAUCAGCUUUCUUUGAAUUAUUUUCCUCUACGUUCGCUUGAGUUACUUAUACAUGUUUUACAUCAAAUAGGCAAUAUGUAAAUUAUAUAUAUUUUUUUAUUUUUUUAAAUAAAUACAUUUUGAAAGACAA